UCGGAAAAGUUUAUUGACACUCACCCGAUUCAAUCUGCACCAACAUUAUCACAUCUCACCAUAUCCACUAGAGUUCACAAGUUUCUUCAAAAUUAUAAAACAGAGCUUCAGAAGGUCAAUUUCGACCUUUUUCCAGAAUUUAAUGACGGUAAUGAGGGCUUAUCUCGUGAUGAGUUCUUAGAAGCAAGGGAAUCGCUAAGCAAUCUUUGUGAAGUUUACGAAGAUG